UCCACAUACAGAUCUGCCACACUUUGACGGAAAAGCUGGUUGCCAUGACGAUGGGUUCAGGUGCAAAAGUCAAAGCACCGGCCAGCCUUAGUGACAUCAUCAGCGUGGCCAAACGCAUCAGCCCUCGGGUGGACGACGUGGUCAGGUCCAUGUACCCUCCCCUGGAUCCUAUCCUCCUGGACGCCAGGGCCACCGCUCUCCUGCUUUCAGUCAGCCACCUGGUGCUGGUCACCCGCAACGCCUGUCACAUGUCUGGCAGUAUGGACUGGAUCGACCAGUCGCUCAACGCUGCCGAGGAUCACAUGGUGGUUUUGCGCGAGGCGGCGUUGGCCUCCGAACCGGAUCGGAAUAUAACCGGAGCCGACGCACAGAGGGAGCAGGCCAUCUAGACAUCGAAACAGAUACCGAGCCAAAAUACAAUAUGUCCAUGUUAUCCGUGUGCUACUAUACUCAGCUGGCAAGCACAUAUUCUGUUGAAAGUGUUGAAAAAGGCCCGCCUUGACAAAUUCACUGUCCGGUCCAAAUUAACACGCUUUGAUGAAUUACACGACUUGACCCCGUCCCUCAUUUCCACUCCUCACAUAAAAGAAGAGACUUGGAAAUUGUUUCUUUAUCAUAUUCUUACCAGAAAUUACUUGAUAUUACUCUGCAUUCACUACAGCUAAAUAGUAAGCAGAGAUCGAACAAAGAUACAGGCGAGGGUCAUGCGAUAUAAUCUUACAGCAGCUAUUUUUAAAACUUGUUUAGUUCAAACCGCCAGUGAUGGAAAGGUUUUUGGAAAUCUCUUCUUUGGGUGCGCCAUUACCCAGCGGUGGGCCCAAAUCCAAUCUCACCAGUCACAUGGAGGCUUAGUCAGCUAAUCCAUUCUGAGGAAAACAUCCAGUUAGCCAGUGAACCCAAAGGGGUUCCUGCUCAGUGGACCAGUGGUGGUAACCAGACGUCUUUAUGAUUUGUUGGGUCAGCAGGACUUGCUCAAACAUCCCUCAGAUACUCAUACGCAGUUAGAAAUAGCCGGUCUGUGAGUUGUUACCAAAUAACGGCAGCACUUUUAGCCACAUCAGCAGCAGGUCAAGAGUAGUUUCCCCUUUCGUCCCAUUGCUGCAUUGUACUACGAUUAAUUGAGGCUGUUAACGAUAGAGAAGCAGCGCUUUUGUCCACACUGAUGUGCGUCAAAACGCAACUCGAUGGAUUAGCACAAUCAUUUGGACAGGCAGCGUUGGUCCCAGAGAGGAUGAAUCCGAUUGACUUUGGUGAUGAAAUGCCUUUUUAUUGAAAGCCUUCAGCAGGUCCACGAGUGUGAUACAGUCAUUCGACUUUUGUCUUAAAAAUCGGAGCAGAUAUUCAUAAUAUUCCCUGUGGUGAUUCUCUGAAGGUCAGAACGUGACAUGGUGUCAAGAAACAUCCUUAAUUCUGACUUUUUUUUAAAAACUGUUUCUAUCUACAUUUGCCCAGGAAUAAGAAUAUUACACAAUUAGUGCAGAGAGACGCAAUCAGCAGAAAUAUUGAGCGUCCCCCCCACUAUAGAGAUACAUUGUGUUCUUGUGUAUUGCCGUGUUAUGCGAGGCCGUUAGCUAAGUUGUGUUGAUUGAGGUGGAGCAGAAUUAGCAUGUUGUUAUUGGAGCAGAGUCUACCUGCUCUCCCAUGCAUAGCUAAUAGCAAAUCCCCAAGGAGUCCUAUUAAGGCAUUAGCCUACCCACAGUCACAAUGAACACAUGGGCUUUUAGCUGCGAUACACAUGACACAAACCUUUGUGCACCCAAGGCAGGCAGAAACAUGACCACAAUCAGCGUGACACACUGCUGUAAAAUACACAUCAUUGAGUCCCUUUCUAGUUUUGAGAUUUCGGUGACAAUCACGACGAGAAGCAGCGGGUUCGAGAAAUCUUGUCAAAUGAGAUUCAGAUAAGCCAUCGAGCACGCAAAGACGUAUUGGUGUAAACGUAUCAAACGAGAAGGAAACCUAUAGAAAGCCAUUUAUUUUUUCUUGUUCACAUUGUUUUUUUAGCAUUGAACCUUUGUUUAUGCACAGUUUGUUACUGAUGUCUUUCCUUCACUCCCACACAGCUUUCCUUUUUCUCUUUCAUUGAUUUGUACAGACAGAAUUUUAUAGGAAAAUUAUUUUUUGUAUAUUGCUCUGACCAACAGCUACAGAAGAAUCCAUGUCUGAUAAAGAGUCUGCACACUCAAAUUAGUUUGACAUCAAUAAAAAUGAAUAUCUUUCUCU